AUUUAUGCAAUGGUAGGAUACUACGUCAUCGCGCACCUGCUGAAUGCUCCCACUUGGACCAUUUUUUCGUCGAUUCGAAGAUGAGAAAGAAAAAGUCAGUUUUAAAUUUGUGUAGGAAGAAAAGCUUUAAAACAGAAAAAUCUUAUAGACGUUCACUUGGUUUAAAUAAAGACAGCAACUGUAGAAUACCAAUAAAACAAUCAACAAUAUCAUUCAAGAAAAGAAAGUAUCAACAAACGUCACUGAAAUCACCAAGAAUUAAAUCAUUUACACCAUCAAAACCUCCACGAAAUAAAAAGUUCAGGAAAUUAGAUUUUGGUCAUCAUCAAUGUACUGAAGAAGAUACGCCAUUUGAUCCGCAGAUACCAUCGGAAAUGCUAAUAUUUAAAAGCUCAUCACCUGACGCAAGCUUAACGUUGGAGAAUGAGAUGCAUGGUAAUAUAAAUGAUUAUGGUUAUGAACAUGGAUUAUCUGAUGAGUCUGUUGAGCCCAACGUAUGCAAAGGCGACAUAGAAGAAAUGAUCAAGCUGAUGCCUUCAGUCCUGGAAUGCCUAGCAUCUGUUGGUUUGGGUAAUGUCUUCCUAGAUUACUUCAGACAGCUGAAUUCUGGAGUACAAAAGCCAGACAACAUUGCUUUUCUAUUGUGGACAGACGUUAUUCAAUGGUAUAAACAUGAAACAGCUUCAUCAAUGCGCUAUAACAACGAAACAAAAACCUUUGGAAGCUGGGUUGGAAGUUGUUUGGAGUCGGGUUCUUAAACUAUAUGUCUGGCUUUAAGAACGAAUCACAAAUAAUCGAAGGGCUUGCCACGAGGGGAAAGUGUGAACCAGAGAAAUCCAACAUCAACUUUAUAGUGCCGGCAGUAAGAAAUCUUCGAGCUUUCAGUCCUUAUGAUGAAAUUAUUCAAGGUGGGAGAAAACCAGGAAUAUUUAAAGAUGUGAUGGAAUUUAUGGCGUCAUCAUGGAAAAACAGUUCACUAUGUUUAACCUUUGAUGGAAAAAAGCUAAAACAAGGACUCGGCAAAGAUUCUGGGGACAUUGAUUUACUAGGCUAUGAAGAUGGACCUUCAUUGAGUACACGGGUUACUGAUAUGAAGUCAAGGAUGCAAUCAUGUGAAGAUGAAAUACAGAGAAUUUCGUCAAAUGAAGAGGACGUAGAUAUUCGAUGUUUACCAGAAGAUGUAAAGUUAAAAUUGAUAUGCUUCUUAAAGACAUCAUAUACGAUCGUCUCUUUGGACGUAGUGACAGUGCAGGAAGUACGAAACAAGAAAGAAUACGCUAGAUCACAAUUCGUCGAAAGAGGGGGGAAAGAUUGGCGUCAAAGUAAAUUUGUGUAUGUCAUAAGUAUCAUAGAUGCGUUUUUACAUGACAUUGAUAAAUUUUUAGAGUUGACAAGAGACAUAUUGGGCCAUAUUCGCCAGGUCCUUGUUUAUUUGCAAGAAAGUGAUGUGUUUUACGUGACGUCUUCAUCUGUAUGUUUAGAGUUGCAUGAUAAAUUUGUACCUCUUGUUGAGGAUCACACACAAACAAAUCAAAGUGAAGAUACUAGGAAGAUAAAGCAAAGGUCACAGAGAUGGCAUGAAAUUCGAAAUACAGCUUUUAUAACAGGCAGUACAAUUUACCAAAGUAUUGGUCUUGACGGUUUGAAAAGGCAAAGACAACAUUUUGAUAAAGUCGUGUGUGGAAUUCCUGAGCCUGAACCAUCAAUUGAGCAGAAACGUGCAAUGGAACAUGGAACUAAUAAUGAAAUUAAUGGAGUAGCAACACUUGUUGGACGAAUACUUCCUGUCAUUGCGCCAACACUAGAGUUUCAUGAAGAAGGUUGUGUUUGUAUAAAAGAUAAAGAUACAAUGAUUAUGGUUGUUUCUCCUGACGGAAGCUUAUAUAUUUCGGAAACAAAAGAAAUAAUUGCGGGUGUAGAAAUUAAAUGUCCUGUCGGUAAGGUCCAUUCCAGUUUCCCUGUUCGAUACUACCUACAAUGUCUCUCCGAAAUCGAAGCUCUAGGGGUAGAGUUUCUGUACUAUGUUUGUUGGACUCAGGAAAUUACAUCAGUUUUCAAAAUAGAGAAAGAUACUGCAAUAUUUGAAAGGGCCAUUGAAAUUGCAAAAGAUAUAUAUGUAACCGAAAGAAAAAGACCGACAAAGAUAAAAGAAGCAGCAAAAGUGCUAAAAAAUGACAUCAAAAAGAAAAUAGCUUCUAUACAAAUGAUUGGAGAAUAUCCAUCGAUCGUAGCUAGUGAGAACUGCUUGAUCAAUCAAAACCUACAGGAGAAAGCAUGUAGUCAGCAGAGACAUACUGUUGCCGAUACAAAAGAUCUCUUACAAAACUUAGAGCUGGAAUCAAACGAAUCCUUUGAAAUUUUACGACAAAAGGCUACAGAAGCUAUGGUCUUUCUGUGCUGCGAUUUAGAUCGUGCUUGGGCUGUGGAAAAAGUCCGUUGGUCCCCGGUUUGCUGGUUUCCUAAAGGUUAUAGUUUAACUACAGAAACAGUUCGGAAAAUUAUGGAAAAAGUAUUGGAUGAAUGUAAAUCAGUAGGUAUUCAUGUACCAGCAUGUAGUUUUGACGGACAAUGGCAUAACAUUGGUGUAAGGACAUGCACUGGAAAACCUCUAACUGUUCUUCAAUUGCAGAAAGACGUCUGGGUUGAGGUGCAAAAGAUGUCAAAGUCAUCAAUUGAAAAAGAACUUAAAAGUAUUAAAAUCAAACCACAAUGGCACAAAGUGAAUGGUUCUUUAGAAGUCGUCAGCGCACUUCCAAGGUUACCAAAGACACCAACAAAAGGAUGGACAAAGAAACCAAAAAGGACAAAUACAAACGACAAAGAGAUUUUAGAAGAAGACACUUCUUUACUAGACGUUCUACCAACAGAGGUUGUUGAAGCCGGUGGAAACAAUGCAGAAUUGUUGUCGUGCACUUAUGACCAUUUUGUAGUUGAAGAAAUCGUAAAUUGCAACACAGAUGAAGAAAUUUGGGCCAAUGCAUUGAUAGAUGUUAUUGAUCAAGUAGACGAUUUAAAUGACAAUGAAAAACACCGAAGAAACAUGCAAUAUAGUUUAACACGUCAUCAACUGGAGGUGAGAUCAAUCGACUCCACACACCUUCUUACAAGAACCAGACGAAAAACCUGUAAAGGUGGCAUUGAAGGUUUUACAAAUGAGCCAUGGUUAAAAGUUGCUCGGCAAGGCAAGUCAUUGUUGACGCCAGCUAUGGUGGAAGAAAUAGUUGAUCCGAUGUCGAUGAGUAUGGCAAAUACUCACUUUAGCCAAGCUGUUCAAAACGCAAUGCAAGAAAAUGGUGAUUUUCGUGCUGCCUCAUUAUGUGCCGAUAUCCUAGACUGGUGGCGUGCUGAAGAUGAAGCUGGGAUUUCCGCAACAGAGAGAGAAUGUCAAUGA